AUGGAGCUUAAUGUUAAGCGCCCAAGUGCCGGGGCGCUGAAACGACCUUUGUUCGGAACCUACCAGCAUGGAAAUCAAGAGUUGCUCGUGCAGCCACCUUCACCUUUCGGAACCAGCCAUACCGUUACGGAAAGUGAAGAAACCAGUCCGACUGGAACAGACUUCCUAAUAAACCCUGAAUUCAAUGCAAGCAGAGUCGAACAGUUGGAAUCAUCAAAUGCCAAGGACUCCAACCGAACGAAGAGGCAGACAACUGAUUAUGAAGUUGAAAUCUUCUUCGUUAUCGACUACAGUCUUUAUUCAUUGUACGAAUUCGCAGAUAUCUGCGUGUAUAAGAACUGUAUCGGCUAUCUUCCCGGAGCUUGUAGUGACUGGAAAUACAGCAUCACCGAGGACCAUUUUGGGGCGCGUCUGAUUUCGACUGCAUCGCACGAGCUUGGGCAUAAUUUGUUCGCCCAGCAUGAUGGUACACUCGACGGUACUGGUGAUAACUGUUCCAGUGCCGAUAUGUUUGUGAUGGGUACACCUAGAAGCAUGUCAUCUGACGAUGUCAGAAACAUCCGCCAGUUCUCAUUUUCUUCAUGCUCAAUCGAUUACUUUACUGCGUACAUAAAGACGUUAAACACCGGCAAGAACUGUCUGGCAACACGCACCGCAAACUAUAACACAUCAGACCUAAACCCUUAUUUGGGUGACCUUGCCAGUCAGGUGUACACUCCAGAUCAGCAGUGUGAAUAUAUGCUUGGAGCCGGUUCCUAUCUCUCCAGGGUAUAAGCAUUUAUUUGUUAAUACCGAAGCUUUUUAAACAGUACC